AUGGAUCCUCUAGGCAUGGUGGAGGAUGAAGUGGCAUUGGAGGGACUGGACGGCAUCACUAUCCCCACUUUGUGGAUACGGCUAGAGGAUAGAAACCCCAAAUUUCCACUCAAGUUGGAUGACGGCACCAAGGAGUUCGUCUGGAGGUCGCUGGUGGCUAACACCGACCUGACAUUUUACCGACUGCCCGUCGAUAGAGACGAUGUGGUACUGUAUGACAGGUUUAAAACAUCUCCUGAUGGAAGCCAUCUUGAUGUAAUGAAGGAUGUUUACCCCCUGCACGUCGUGCAGGACAAUAAGGACGGCAUCCAGGGCUCGUGCGCCACCUUUAGCAAAAGAACUGAUAUCACGGCUCGCCUUCGCUCACCGCCACCCAUCUGUUUGGACGAGGUUUUAAAAAGGUACGGCAGGAAGCUAGUAGUGGUGGCGUCGCAGAAGCUCCGUUUCCGUGCGCUCAUCGGUAGCGAGAGCGACCCUGACACCAAACUAAUGGACGAUUCCUAUUGCAUGCUGGAGCGUGUAGGACGUGGGCGGUGGCAAGGGGAGCUACAGAGUGACCUGCACAAGUCCGCUUUCAAGGUAGACGCACGUAAACUACACUACAUCAGGAAGUCUCUGGACCGCCACGGUCUGCUGAUCAUUCAGCCCUUCACCAAACGUCUCCCGUCGGGACAAAAGCAGAGUUCCAUGCUCCUCUUAUUGAAGCGCUUCAACAUCAUAAGGAGGUCCAAGUACGACAUGCUUAUGGAGUACGUGUCCACCCUUCUUCAGAAGAUGCCCCGUCAGCUGGCUGCAUUAGUCACCAUCCGAGAGCACCUGAAUAUGCCGGAGACCAUGUGUAAGCGCAUCUUUCGCUGCAUGCGAGACAACAAGUUGGUAGAGUAUUGCAAUGUGCCUCUGGAGGAAUUGGAUGAGGAAGGAGGAGACUUGCGUAAUAAAAGUGGCAAAAAAGUCCAGGUGCGCUGCUUGAAGCUGCUGAAAGUGUACACAGGGAAGGUUGCCACGGGCGGGGAGGAGUGGAAGGAGGACGAAGACGACGAUGAAGAUGAUGAGGUUGACAGGAGGCGAGGUCAGCCCCCUGUUGGCCACAUCAUGGAGAAGGACAUAUUGUCACAGGCGUACGACCUGGUUCUAUCAUCUGGCACCCUUGGAAUCCCACAGUCGGGCGUUCGGUCCAGGAUGAACAUCGGCAGGCUGGAAGCUCGCAUGAUCUGUAGGAAGUUAGAGAAAGAUGGUAUCAUCAAAGGCUUCAUGGUGGACGAAGGCCGCCAGAGAGUAACAAGGUUCAUCGGCCAUAGGAGUGUGGGUGGGAGCAACCACCUGCAGCUCCUCUCAAAAGAGAAGCAACGCAAGAAACUUUUCCACUCCUCGACCUCACCUGCAUCACCUAGCGGACCGGAGGCCUCCCCGGCCAAUGGUAAACAACCACAGAAAACUCCAAAGAAGAGCAAAGCGGCAAGUAAAGGGGAAGAAAAGAAAAAACAGGACACGAGUUUGGAAUCUGGAGGGAAGAAAUCGAGACAAAAGCCUGCAAAGGAGUCUGAGGCCACCCUUGCAGAAGCUGCUCCGUCUCCAGUGCUUCCAGCAACACAGCCUGAUAGCACAUCAGAGCACGCUUCAGCUGAGGAAAAACAGAGUCAGGAAGAAUCCUUGCCUCCACACCAGGAGAAGGAGGGGAAUGCAUCGAACGGAGCAACGGACAUCAUGGAAGUGGAUAGUGUUUACAGGCUGCCGAUCUCCAACAGCAAUAGGAGCCAAGAAACAUACCGCGUGCUAAGGAGAAAGAACCUCAUCAUCGAAGCUGUGCACAAGUUUAAAGUCAUCGACGGCCUUUACCAGCUGCAGAAGUUGAUCAACGAAGAAGAGAAGCUGCAGGGUUUCACAACCAAGUGCUGCAAGAAGACCACGGCACGCCUUGUUCAGACUCUGUCCAGAGAAGGGCUGCUCAAAAUUUUUACCACAACCGUUAUACAAGACGGCAUCAGCAGGAAGCUCGAAAUGUUCGUUCAUCCGUCUGUCCAGCCCAAGGACAAACUGGUGACGGAUAGCAUUGAUCAGGCCCGCUUCAAAAUCAGCAGCUCCUGCUCUGCUCCAUGCCAGCAGAAGGUGAGCAGCGACAGCGUCCGCAGAGUGAAAACGGAUGAGCCCAGCAAGAGUUUCAGGAGCUUCAGUGAAGUCAAGAAGGAAUACAAGAAAGAAUACAAGAAAGAAGAGGCAUUCAAGCCCCCUUACAUUCGUGGACUUGGCAAGACGCUUGGAUUCCAGCCGAAAAUGCACCGCCUCCGCGUUUUGCAUUCCUUCCUCUGGUAUGUCACUUACGAUCACCCUAUGGGGCCACGGCCCACCAGGCUGACAGCCCCUCAAGUUGCUGCCGUGGUCGACAAAGAGCCACAGGACACAAAGGAAGACGAUGUCCCCCAAAAGGAUUUGGAAGCGGCAUUGUCAGGAGAUGAUGAUGAAACACAAACUGAAACUGCCAGUCACUCAAAAUGUGAUAUAAAAGUUUACUCUGAAGAGGAUUCGUGGAAAAGGUUCGUCCCGCCGGUUCGCACGCACAGCGAUCGAGGCAGCGGUUGGGUGCUCGUGGGCGACUUGCUCCAUUGCUUGCCGCUAUCCAUAUUCAUCCAGCUCAUUCAGAUUAACUAUCAGGUUGACGGCUUGGAAGAGUAUUUAAACGACCCGGUGAAGCAACACCAUCUGGUUUGGCAGCUGCCCCUCGGAAUUAGAAGGAAGCUCUUUUACAAACGGAAAUACGUUUUUAUCUUCUUUGAGAACCUGCAGCGCUUGGUCUGCAUGGGCCUGAUGCAAUUUGCUCCUGUGGAGAAGAUGAAGGAGAAAGACCAGCUGUUUUGUUACCUGAAGCGCUGCGCCACCAUUGUAGAUACCACCAACGCAGAACCGCACUAUUGGCUGGUUAGCGAGCCCACCGACAGCCCCUUUGACAGACGCCGCUACACCUUCAAUAGCACGGACGAUGUGGACACAUACUGGUUCGACCUCAUGUGCGUCUGCCUCAACACGCCUCUGGGGUUGAUUCGUCCUAAGCGAGGCGCCUCCGAAGACGACGCCCCGCCCUCCUUUGUGCACGAGCGAAGUGUCUUUGUGGGAAUGGCUUCCUUACUCAAGGGCAGCUAUGUGGUGAGCGACGACGGCACCACACCGGGCAACGGAAAAGGUGCGGGAGGUCUCGACUCUGAGUUCUUUGCCCAUCUAAAGCGCAACUGGCUGUGGACAAACCACCUGCUGGGCGUCAAGCAGCGCCCUGGCAUGACAGCGAAAGUUGAGAAAGCCAGAGUGAGACUGAAGAGCCUGUUAAGUAAAGAGUCGAUGCUGGCCGCGUUGAAAGCCGGAGCUUCUUUGCCGCGAUUCUUGACAGCCAAGAAAAUGGUAGUCGCAGAAGAAAAUGUGGAGGUGGCGAUUGAGCCGGCAUCUCGAAACCAGGAGGUGGUCGGAGGGAAGUGUCGGAAGCGGAAGAGACUCAAAAAGCAAGUCGUCAAAGUUCCUCGCAAGAAGAAAAAAGAACCCAAAAAGCGCACUCCUGCUCACGACGAGGCCGACCACCGAGCGUUGAAAAAGAUGACGAGGCAGCGAGUUUUCUGGACGUUGCAGGAAGACUCUCUGCUAAUGCUGUGCGCCGUGGCUUCGCAUCUACUCAACAGCAAGUUGCGGAGGUUGUUCGUGGCCCAUUGUUUAGUGCGAGACCUUCUCCAGGCCUCGUUUAAUCUCUCUGAGGACAAAACGUCAGUGGCCGUCGGUCGGCGCACUCGUUAUAUCCUCAAGAAUCCGCAAACGUUCCUCAACUACAGAACCUGUUUGGCUGAAAUCUACCAGGACAAAGAUCUGCUGAACCAGCUUCAGGAAAACAAACCUGUCAAUCCUAAUGAUGCAGAUGAUUGCGCCAAAUCAUUCAAUGAGUACGUCAAGCUCCUCAGAAACAAGUUCAGCUCGGUCAUCAAUGCCGACGAUGUAAAACUGCCCGCAACUAAACAGCAACUCUUCUCGCAGUUUAAAGUAUGCACAAUACAGAGCGACCAGCAGAUUCCCUCCAGAGACGACCUGACUUGCACAACGGACAUCCAUAAGUUAGUGUUGUUCAACCUCAUUCAAAGUACGCUAGCCAUGACCAACUAUCAGAUGAAGUCUUCAAGAUCCUUUCAGACUUUCCAAAUUUAUAGUCAGUACCCGCAAGAGCUACUGUGCCAGGUGUUCAUCCAGUGCCGCAAACGUCACAUGGUCAACCGGCGCCGCGUUCAUCAAUCCACGGGACCCAAGAAAAACCGAGCGCUGCCCAUCUUGCCCAUGUCCUUCCAGCUUUCUCAGUCCUACUACAGGUUAUUUUCAUGGCGUUUUCCUCACACGCUGUGCACCGACACAUUCCGCUUUUUGAGGAGUUUACUUAACAACGGUUCGGGCGACGAGAGGCCUGCAGUCUCCUACUUCCACGAGACAGAAAACCGUGUGGAGAGUGGCGAGGAAGCACCGGAAAGGCCCCUACCUGUAGUAACCGAGGAAGCCGAAGGCAGCCCAAACUCUGGUUCGGAACCUUCGGGGAUGAUGCGCUACCCUCUGGACUCUCCUGGAGGAGCCUGCAUGGUGUCGCUGACGCUGAUGAGUUUAGGACUGCUGUCUGUACAUUUGUCCAUCCCUAAGAAGAUGGUGGUGGUGGACAGCAACCUGGUGGACACUGAUGUCAAGAGCAUGGCGACAUUAGAAGAAGAGGAUGACGAGGACGAUGACGUUGCCGGCGGGGUGUGCGAGGGCAAAAAAAAACGGCAAGUCACAGCUCACCAGGCAUCGCACACCAAGUACCUGUUGAUGAAAGGAUUUUGCUUUCCCGGCAUCGUCAAACUCCGCAACCUGAGCACCAAUGAAAACAUCGUAGUGGAGUCGUGCGGGAUCAUGAUGCGGUUGCGACAAACUCCGGGUCACGGCUUUCUGAAGGACGCCGCCCACCUGGAAUUGUCCAAAACAGGCCCGUCCCUGCUGCCGUCCGUCCUGACCCGGUGCAUCCAGAAUGUUCCGUUGACUCCGGCCCAGCGUUCCGGGUACUCACCUGAAGACCUGCAGGCGAGCGCCCAGCUGAGAAAGAGCCUGGAUGAAGCCGGAGAGAUGGGAGUGGACCAGACAGACUUGUUCCAGCAGCUCGCUCACCUCCGUUUGCCGAUAUCUGGACGAAGCAGGAGCUUAGUGCAGUACCUCGGGGAUUUACAAGAAGAUGGACAGAUCCUCCAGGUGGGCGGUUAUGGCAUCCGCUGGGUACUGACCGAACAUGCAGAGCCCUGGAUUCUCUCCGUCAACUCCGGGGACUGGCACCAGCCGCAGGUCCCCUCUGGUAAGAGGCGAUCCCAGCACAACAUCCCCUUCAUUCGCAAGAGGCGGCGGCGACUCGCAGCUUUAGAAGAUGACAAAACAGAAGGGGAGCCACCGAGUAAAAAAUUGUUGACGGACGAGAUCGUUGAAAAAGAGGAAGCGCAACCCGUGAUGACAGAAGGAGAGGACCACAUGGAAAAGGUUACCACGGAACGCGAGAGCGGCGAAAACGAUGAAAAGAACCCUCCCCUCAAAGAGGAUGAGACAGAGGACGUGGAGAAAGACAGAGAAGCUCCACCGGUGCCACAAGUGGACCCUCACGAGGAGAUGGUCAGCUUCAUCAGCCGUCCAUGGCGCUUGGUGGAUGGGACGCUCAACCGUCAAGUGUGCAAAGGCAUGCUGGAGGGUCUCCUCUACCACAUCAUGUCCCGUCCAGGCAUCCCUGAGUGGAGGCUUCUGUCUCACUAUGAGGAUGUGCUGCAGCCUGUCGUGGUUCUGGAUUUGGUUCAGUCCUUGAUUGAACUGGGCUGCAUAACAAAGAAAACUCUGAUCAAAAAAGCCAAGCCCACCCUGUUCGGAACCCCGGUGACGCAAGAGCAGACGGAGGAGAAAGAAUGCGUGUUUUAUGAGCCCACAGUAAGCUGCUGCCUCAGACUCGCUCAGGUGCUGCCCAACGAACGCAACUGGAACUAUUGUCACAAAUAG